AGACAGGACGCCUAUAUAAGACAGGACGCAUAUAUAAGACAAGACUGGCUUUAUAAGACAAGACGUUGCCUACCCUCUCAAGGCCCGGAGAGAAAAAGCUGAAGACGAAAGGUCAGGUGUGUCUUCAAGUUCGCUAGGAAUUUAUGACGUCUAGCUCAUUAGCAGGACCUACGGAUUGUGUGAGGUCAUUAGCAGGACCUACGGACUGUGUAAAGGCUCGAUUAUAAUAAGCUGUGUAAAGACGAUAACGUAUACUGACCUUUUUCCCAUAAAUGGUGGAUAUGUAAUGAGUUUAUCGGAUUCAUGGUGUAGGGAUGUCGCGCUGAUGCUAAGCCACAGAACCAAGAUGGAGGGCGAGUGUAGCCUUGAUGAGUUCGCCAAGGUCCUCGCUGAGCAGGGUUACAUCAAUGACGUCACGUGUUUCACUGACCUGCCCUCCGUGCUCAGCGCCUUUGACGCCCCAGACGCCCUCGACUCCCCCGACAACUUCCACCCCUGCACGUACGAGCACGAGGACCUGUCACGUGUCAUGGAGACGGGAAGUCCGUCCCUGCUGGACGCUCCUGAGAAUGUCGAGGUCGCUCAAUUAGCGCAUGCGCCAAUUACAGGCGGAUUAUCUCUGGUUACUGCAAGCUUCCACAGGAAUGCGGUCGUUAACCCUUCGUGCCAACCUUUGACCUUUAACCUGUAUGACAGGGUACCCCGACAUUCGAACAUGGCUUUAAGUAAUGCAUUCAUCAGCGAGCCGAACUCUGUGACGUCAGAUUUUCUAGGAGACAGUAGGUCUCAUCUACCUCACGUGUCACAUUUCAUCCAAUCAGAAGACAGCUUAUAUCUUGGCAGCAUUCACCAACCUGACUUCUCCAACUUUCUGCAGCAGACACCAGCACAGCCUCUAGUGUCCCCAUCUAGCACCAACUCCAGCGAUUCCGUCGCACAUUUUAAAUUAAAAACAGCAACAGGAAAAAAACAGAAGCGAAAGCGGAAGAGCAAAGGCUACUCAAAGCCUUCCAAAUCUCGCCGGAAGGACGCGAGUACUGAGGUGAAACCCAGACAGAAAAAAGCUAAGACAACCAAGGCAGCAGACAAACCCACGACCAACGACAGCAGCACGUUAGAUCUACCUCACGACGACAGCGGGUUCGAGUCUGGGGAAAUCGGCGCCACACAAGCAGCAGACAACAAGACUGACCUUGGCAGUUUACCGGUCCAGUCUGAAGGUCAAGCAGUGCCAGAAGAAACUAGAACCCUCCGGCGGUCGUCACGGGCGACACGCAACACGGAGAACUACAACCUGCGGCUCAGCUCGCUGGUCAAACGUGUGGAGACGGAGCGGCGCCAGGAGGAGCCACGCCUGCCCAAGGGAAAGAUCAAGCCGCCCCCCUUGAGCAAGUACAGGCGGCGGACGGCCAACGCCCGGGAGAGAGACCGGAUGAAGGAGAUUAACGACGCUUUCGACAACCUCAAGAGUUCCCUGCCCCACGUCGAGCACGACAGUAAAAACAAGGUGACCAAGUUCACCAUCCUGAAGCUGGCCUUGAACUACAUCGCGUCAUUGAGGGACAUGCUGGGGCUGGAGGUCAUCCCUCUGGUCAUGGACGAUGACGUCAGCUCGGACAUGUCCUCCCUACGUCCCGCGAGUGUGACCAGCUCAGGCGGGGAGGAGAGCUGUUCCAGCCCCACUAGUGCUCACUCGGAGACCGACCUGCGCGCGUGCCAGUCUGUGACGUCACAGCAGCAAGACUUUGAGUUUUAUCUGGAGUGAAUUUUUUUUUUCAACUGCUCAAACUGUUCUUCCUACCAAAGUGCCAUUUUAAUCCUAUUUUUAGCUUUAUUUCGGUUGAGUGUCAUUGUGUAUAUGAAUUGUGUACAUAAUGUAGCGGGUGUGUUGCUGACAUGUGUACAUAAUGUAGCUGUGCUAGUGUGUUGCUGUGUAAGUGGAUACAAGUUCUGUGGUUCACGGCUCUACACUGAGAGGACCUGUCUGGAAUAAUGAUACCUUUCACUUUUUGAGUGAUAUUUUUAUUUACUUAAACUUUGAUUCAAACUUUUUUAUUAACAAAAUGUGUGUACGAGUGUGAUUCGAACUCGGACCCCGAGGAUAGCGACGAGACGCCUCUUGUAUUAGCUCACUGCUCAUUGGCUUUAUCCCGAAUGUUGACCAAACAUGGACACACGUAGACAGCCCUCGUGUGUCUUGUACCGUGCAAUAUACCGUGUCUGUGUCGCUGAUCUGUACAUAUAAACACUGCUUGUUUUUUUUUUUAUAAAGUUUAUAAUAUGUCCGUUUUUAAAAUAAUUUUUGCCAUAUUUCUUUUACAUUUUUGUACUUUAAAAAAUACACACUUUGAAUUUGAUAGACAUUGUGUGUGUGUUUUUGUAAGUUUGGACGUUUGUGUGUGAGUGGUAGCUGUGAUGUGGUCAAUGGUGUUGACUCGAGUCUGAAGCUCACUCAGCCGAAAUGGGUACUUGGCGAGAGUUGGGAAAUUUACUUAGGUGUUUUUUGUCUCAUGACAUAUCAGACAUGUUAUCUGUGUCAUACGACAUAUUUAUUAAAUGCCAUCUGGGUUAUCUCUUGCAUUAUCUGUGUCUAAAUAUUUAAAUAUCUAAUAGCAAAGAAGAAAAAAAAACUUAGU